GCACUCGCUGCAUAUCAGAGGCUCGGCGCGGCGCGCUCCUCCUUGCUCCCGCUCCCCACUCCCGGGAUGUGUCUCCGCCGUACGACGGGCUAUGGCCACCACGACUUCCGGGUUCCGUCAUUUCGUUCUCCCGCCGCCGACCUGCGCCGCCAAACUGAGGCUCUUCUAUAAGCCAGGCAGCAGCCAACCUGCCAACACCUACUGACACUCACUCAUCUCCCAGAGAGAGAAAGAGAGCGAGAGAGAGCGAGCGCGAGAGAGCGAGCGCGAGUGAGAGCGAGCGAGCGAGCGAGCGAGAAAGAGAGAGAGGGAGAGACAAAAUACCUACCAGGAAAGGGGGGGAGGAAGUCCAAUUUUUGCAAACUAUUCAUUUUUUUCUUGAUUUUUCUCCCUGCUUUCUUUGAACAAUACUUUAAAGAGAGAGGAUCACAUUAUAGAUACCUCGGGGGCAAAGCUAAAAGAGGGGGGGGGAGGGGGGAGGAAAAAAUUCAAGAAGCAGAAACCCCUCGCGGAGUUUUACUGGAAGAAAAAAACGGGUCUGAAAGAUUCCUCCUCUUCAUCAUCAUCAACCAUCAUUCAUUCACUACCUUGACAUUCCGGGCUUUGAUUGACAGCUGGAGUGGCAAAAAGCCAUGAAACACGACAGUUCGGUUACAUGUGGGCUGCUGACGGGCCGCUCGUAACCUUCAGUUCGGGGGCUUGACAAUUUUUUUUUCUUCUUUUUCUUCUUUUUCUUUUCUUUCUUUUUUUUUUUUUCCAACUGAGGGGAAGAGAAGAGAAAGAGGGGGAAAGGAGGACCGAAAAGGAGGAGGAGGGGAGGGGGGAGGAGGAGGAGGUGGAGGAGGAGGAGGAAGAUCAGGAGGAGGAGGAAGAAAAGAAAAAAAAAGAGAAAAAGAAGAAAUAUCACAGGAAAAAAAAAACUCUUCGUUGUCUUGCCUGGGCUUUUUUCCCCCUAAAAAUAACAUAUUGGAGAAUUGGGAGAAGUCUCCUUGGUUUGGAAAAAAAAGGAAUCUUCAGCCUAGAUCACUUUCUUAUCCGGACUGGGAUAUUAAAUAUACGACACAUCCAGGAGUUUAUUGGAGCGCAGACUGAUGGCGCAAAGGUACGAUGAGCUGCCCCAUUACGGCGGGAUGGACGGAGUAGGGGUUCCCGCUUCCAUGUACGGAGACCCUCACGCGCCGCGGCCGAUCCCCCCAGUUCACCACCUGAACCACGGGCCGCCGCUCCACGCGACACAGCACUACGGCGCUCACGCCCCGCACCCCAAUGUCAUGCCGGCCAGCAUGGGAUCUGCUGUCAACGACGCCUUGAAGCGGGACAAGGACGCGAUCUAUGGGCACCCGUUGUUUCCUCUGUUAGCUCUGGUCUUUGAGAAGUGCGAGCUGGCGACCUGCACUCCCCGGGAACCCGGAGUGGCCGGCGGAGACGUCUGCUCCUCUGACUCCUUCAACGAGGACAUCGCGGUCUUCGCCAAGCAGGUUCGCGCCGAAAAGCCACUUUUUUCCUCAAAUCCAGAGCUGGACAAUUUGAUGAUACAAGCAAUACAAGUACUAAGGUUUCAUCUUUUGGAGUUAGAAAAGGUCCACGAACUGUGUGAUAACUUCUGCCACCGGUACAUUAGCUGUUUGAAGGGGAAAAUGCCCAUCGACCUUGUCAUUGAUGAAAGAGACGGCAGCUCCAAGUCAGAUCAUGAAGAACUUUCAGGCUCUUCCACAAAUCUCGCUGACCAUAACCCUUCAUCCUGGCGAGACCACGAUGAUGCAACCUCAACCCACUCAGCAGGCACCCCAGGACCCUCCAGUGGGGGCCAUGCUUCGCAGAGUGGAGACAACAGCAGUGAGCAAGGGGAUGGUUUAGACAACAGUGUAGCUUCACCUGGUACAGGUGACGAUGAUGAUCCGGACAAGGACAAAAAACGCCAGAAGAAAAGAGGCAUUUUCCCCAAAGUAGCAACAAAUAUCAUGAGAGCUUGGCUCUUCCAGCAUCUCACACAUCCGUACCCCUCCGAAGAGCAGAAGAAACAGUUAGCGCAAGACACAGGACUUACAAUCCUCCAAGUAAACAACUGGUUUAUUAAUGCCAGAAGAAGAAUAGUACAGCCCAUGAUUGACCAGUCAAAUCGAGCAGGUUUUCUUCUUGAUCCUUCAGUGAGCCAAGGAGCAGCGUAUAGUCCAGAGGGUCAGCCCAUGGGGAGCUUUGUGUUGGAUGGUCAGCAACACAUGGGGAUCCGGCCUGCAGGUUUGCAGAGCAUGCCAGGGGACUACGUUUCUCAGGGUGGUCCUAUGGGAAUGAGUAUGGCACAGCCAAGUUACACUCCUCCCCAGAUGACCCCACACCCUACUCAAUUAAGACAUGGACCCCCAAUGCAUUCAUAUUUGCCAAGCCAUCCCCACCACCCAGCCAUGAUGAUGCACGGAGGACCCCCUACCCACCCUGGAAUGACUAUGUCAGCACAGAGCCCCACAAUGUUAAAUUCUGUAGAUCCCAAUGUUGGCGGACAGGUUAUGGACAUUCAUGCCCAAUAGUACAAGGGAACUCAAGGGAAAAGGAAACACACGCAAAAACUAUUUUAAGACUUGCUGAACUUUGACCAGAUGUUGACACUUAAUAUGAAAUUCCAGACAGCUGUGAUUAUUUUUUACUUUUGUCAUUUUUCAUCAAGCAACAGAGGACCAAUGCAACAAGAACACAAAUGUGAAAUCAUGGGCUCACUGAGACAAUUCUGUCCAUGUAAAGAUCCUCUGGAAAAAGACUCCGAGAGUUAUAACUACUGUAGUAUAAACAUAGGAACUAAGUUAAACUUGUACAUUUCUGUUGAUCACGCCGUUAUGUUGCCUCAAAUAGUUUUAGAAGAGAAAAAAAAUAUAUCCUUGUUUUCCACACUAUGUGUGUUGUUCCCAAAAGAAUGACUGUUUUGGUUCAUCAGUGAAUUCACUAUCCAGGAGAGACUGUGGUAUAUUUUAAACCUGUUGGGCCAGUGAGAAAAGAACCACGCUGGAGACCAUGAUGAACGUUUGGCUGAACCCUCAUCACUCCAACUCCAGCUUCAAGAAUGUGUUUUUAUGCCCGGCCUUUGUUCCUCCAUAAAUGUGUCUUUUAGUUCCAAACAGAUCUUUAUAGUUUGUGCUUCCUAAGCCAAUUCUUAUUAUUAUUUUGGGGGACUCUUCUUCAAAGAGCUUGCCAAUGAAGAUUUAAAGACAGAGCAGGAGCUUCUUCCAGGAGGAGUUCUGAGCCUUGGCUGUGGACAAAACAAUCUUAAGUUGGGCAGCUUUCCUCAACACAAAAAAGUUAUUAAUGGUCAUUGCACCAUAACUAGGACUUUAUCAGAAACUCAAAGCUUGGGGGAUAAAAAGGAGCAAGAGAAUACUGUAACAAACUUCGUACAGAGUUCGGUCUAUUAAUUGUUUCAUGUUAGAUAUUCUAUGUGUUUACCUCAAUUGAAAAAAAAAAGAAUGUUUUUGCUAGUAUCAGAUCUGCUGUGGAAUUGGUAUUGUAUGUCCAUGAAUUCUUCUUUUCUCAGCACGUGUUCCUCACUAGAAGAAAAUGCUGUUACCUUUAAGCUUUGUCAAAUUUACAUUAAAAUACUUGUAUGAGGACUGUGACGUUAUGUUAAAAAAAGGUGUUAAGUCACAAAAUGCGGUAAUAAAUAUUUCAUUUUUGAUUUUU